AUGCCUCUCACCACCGGCCGCCACCCUACCCUCUUGCUCCUCCGACCACCGUAUCCACUGCCCUUCUGUCCCAACCAGGUGGCGAGAUUGGAGAAAGCCAACAACACAUCCCCUUUUACAGACUUAUCCCCUUCUCCUAAGCAUCAACAACACAUAGUGGAUGCUGGAGCCUUACCUCAUCUGGUUGGUAUUCUUAAGAGACACCUGGAUGGCCAAAGUUCUCGAGCGCUGAAUGGUGCCAUAAGGAAAGCAGCUGAUGCAAUCACCAACCUUGCUCAUUAA